CUAAAAACAAUUUUCUGAGAAAACAAACUGAUCUGAGUCUCUCUGUCGUCUGUCUCUGUGAGAGUGAACAACCGUCCAAAUGGCUCAGCGAGGAGUUCUGCUGGACAAGGACCAGUUCUGUUGUUCUGUCUGUCUGGAUGUACUGAAGGAACCAGUCACCAUCUCCUGUGGACACAAUUACUGUAGAAGCUGUAUUGAGGGCUGCUGGGAUCGGGAAGUUCUGAAAGGGGUUUAUAGCUGUCCGCAGUGCAGAGAGACCUUCACUCCAAGGCCUAAUCUGAAGAAAAAUAACAUGUUGGCAGAGAUGGUGGAGAAACUGAAGAGGACAGGACUCCAGGCUGCUCCCCCUCCUGCUCUGUGCUAUGCUGGACCUGGAGAUGUGGCGUGUGAUUUCUGCACUGGGUCCAGAAAGCAGAAAGCCCUCAUGUCCUGUCUGGUGUGUCUGGCCUCUUACUGUGAGACUCACCUCCAACCUCACUAUGAAUCCCCUGCUUUCAAGAAGCACAAGCUGGUCAAAGCCACCGCACAACUACAGGAGAAGAUCUGCUUUCAUCAUGACAAACUGCUGGAGGUUUACUGUCGUACCGAUCAGCAGUGUAUCUGUAUGCUGUGUACAAUGGAUGAACACAAAGGCCAUGAUACAGUGUCAGCUUCAGCAGAGAGGACUGAGAAACAGAGGCAGCUGGGGAGGAGUCAGCAGAAGGUCCAGCAGAGAUUCCAGGAAAGAGAGAAGGAGCUGAAGAAUCUCCAAAAAGCUGUGAAGUCUCUCAAGAUCUCUGCACAGGCAGCAGUGAAGGACAGUGAUCAGAUCUUUACUGAGCUGAUCCGCUCCAUUGAGAGAAGGCGCUCUGAGGUGAAGGAGCUGAUCAGAGCCCAAGAGAAGGCUCAAGUGAGUCAAGCUGAAGGACUCCUGGAGCAACUGAAGCAGGAGAUAGCUGAGCUGAGGAAGAGAACUACUGAGCUGGAGCAGCUCUCACACACAGAGGAUCACAUCCAUUUUUUCCAGAGUUAUCAGUCUCUCUCCAGUAUCAGUGUAUCUUCAGACUCACACAGCAUCGUUGUCCGUCCUCUUCAGAACUUUAGAGAUGUCAGUAAGACUGUGUCUGAACUAAGAGAGAAACUAGAAGACUUCCUUAAAGGAGAAUGGACCAAGAUCUCCACUACAGUAAAUAUAGUGGAUGUUUUACUGCCUCCAGAGCCCAAGACCAAAGAACCGUUGUUACAAUAUUCCUGUCAGCUCACACUGGAUCCAAACACAGCAGGAACACGCCUCUCUCUGUCUGAAGGGAACAAAAAGGUGACCUCUGCACGCCAAGUCCAACCAUAUCCUGGUCAUCCAGACAGAUUCACUAACUACUACCAGGUUCUGUGUAGAGAGGGUCUGUCUGGACGCUGUUACUGGGAGGUGAAGUGGAGUGGUAAUGUUAUUACAGCAGUCUCAUAUAAAGACAUCAGCAGAACAAAGACAAAUAAUAUAUUUGGAGACAAUAACAAGUCCUGGGGUUUACAGUGCUAUAGAGGUGGUUAUUGUUUCAGACACAAUAAUGUUGAGACUAAAAUAUCAGGCCCUCAGUCCUCCAGAGUAGGAGUGUACCUGGAUCACAAGGCAGGUACUCUGUCCUUCUACAGUGUCUCUGACACAAUGACCCUCCUCCACAGAGUCCAGACCACAUUCACUCAGCCUCUCUAUCCUGGGUUUUGUCUCUGUGGAACUGCUGAGCUGGUUAAACUGUAGUAGGGUCCACAUAGAUACUAGUCAUGCUGGUGUAGUCUAUAGCUGAGCUGGUUGAACUGUAGUAGGGUCCACAUAGAUACUAGUCAUGUUGGUGUCGUUUAUAGCUGAGCUGGUUAAACUGUAGUAGGGUCCACAUAGAUACUAGUCAUGUUGGUGUCGUCUAUAGCUGAGCUGGUUAAACUGUAGUAGGGUCCACAUAGAUACUAGUCAUGCAGGUGGUGAUGGUCCCCAGAUAUAAUGGUCUGUUUUUCUGUACAAUAAUUUGUCUGACUGUAGAGUUGAAUUAAAAUGUAAUGUACUUAUUUUUAUGAAAUAGAAUGCUUUAAUCUUGUACAUUUCCAUGAAUCGUGAGGUCUAUUAGUUGGCAUUCAGAACCAUUGAUAUGUUUUCAGAUUUUUAACUUGUCAGCUCGGGGAUUCGAUCUUGCAAUCUUUCAUUUAAUGGCCCAAGACUCUAACCACAUGCCGCACCAUUCUCUGUCUCUAUGUAAUUCUUCUCAGUGGCAUUGAACAGGUAGUAACACUAACUAACUAAACUAUAUUGGACAGACACAGAUUAAUCCUCGUCCUGGGCUAAAAAGUAUGUUCAAUGUAGAUGUCAAAUUUAGGGAUGGUUUCAUGGACAUCUUUCAUCCUCCCAUACUGCUUUGUCAAGCAACAUUAAACCUGUCCAGCAGGUGGUGCUAUUGACGAAACAAUAAACCAGCAGAUAUCUUAACUUGCCUCAGUAUAUCAGUAAUGUUCAGAAUAGUACUUUAAUAUCAUUGGAGAUUGAUGGUCUUUUUAAUCCACUAUCCAGAGUCAGGAACAGAUGAAGUAAGGUCUGCUACUGUUUAGUGAUUAAAUAUGAUUUAUGGUGAUAGGAAAUAAAAAAAUACAACACUAAACUACAACUAGUAAUAGUUUUCCUUUCUUAUUUAUUCCAAGGUGUGUCUAUAACUUCUAAAUUGAUUAUGUGGAGGUGAGCUAGUGGUGUCACUGAUAGAAUAGAAUGAAAAGGGAGGAUGGGAGGAAGAGGGGAGGAGGGAAUGGCUGUUAAAGAAACCAGAUGAGGUUGAGAAAGAUGUUCAGGGGAAUUACUAUCUCUGUUCUAAAUGGUUCCCUAUUCCCUACAUAGUGCACUAUUGUGCUUCUGACCAGGUCUAAAGUAGUGUUCUACGUAGGGAAUAGGGUGUAGAUGUAUUAUAAUAUAAUGCUUUAAUGUUUGGCACAAUAAAAUCUUAGAUCUCCACCCACCCACUUCAUGUCUGUCAUCUCCCAGUUCUGUUAAGACAUCCUCUCAUUGAACUGGGCCUCAUUCGUGGCAGAGAUCUUUGUGGGCUAUACUCAGCCUUGUCUCAGGAUGGUAAGUUGGUGGUUGAAGAUAUCCCUCUAGUGGUGUCGGGGCUGUGCUUUGGCAAAGUGGGUGGGGUUAUAUCCUUCCUGUUUGGCCCUGUCCGGGGGUGUCCUCGGAUGGGGCCACAGUGUCUCCUGACCCCUCCUGUCUCAGCCUCCAGUAUUUAUGCUGCAGUAGUUUAUGUGUAGGGGGGGCUAGGGUCAGUUUGUUAUAUCUGGAGUACUUCUCCUGUCCUAUUCGGUGUCCUGUGUGAAUUUAAGUGUGCUCUCUCUAAUUCUCUCUUUCUCUCUUUCUUUCUCUCUCUCGGAGGACCUGAGCCCUAGGACCAUGCCUCAGGACUACCUGACAUGAUGACUCCUUGCUGUCCCCAGUCCACCUGGCCGUGCUGCUGCUCCAGUUUCAACUGUUCUGCCUUAUUAUUAUUGGACCAUGCUGGUCAUUUAUGAACAUUUGAACAUCUUGGCCAUGUUCUGUUAUAAUCUCCACCCGGCACAGCCAGAAGAGGACUGGCCACCCCACAUAGCCUGGUUCCUCUCUAGGUUUCUUCCUAGGUUUUGGCCUUUCUAGGGAGUUUUUCCUAGCCACCGUGCUUCUACACCUGCAUUGCUUGCUGUUUGGGGUUUUAGGCUGGGUUUCUGUACAGCACUUUGAGAUAUCAGCUGAUGUACGAAAGGCUAUAUUAAUAAAUUUGAUUUGAUUCUAAAUGGUCACUUUGUAUUGAUAGUCCAUACUGGACUUUACUGUGGUUCUACAUACAGUAUCUGUAUUGAUAGUCCAUACUGGGCUUUACUAUGGUUCUACAUGCAGUAUCUGUAUUGAUAGUCCAUACUGGGCUUUACUAUGGUUCUACAUUCAGUAUCUGUAUUGAUAUUCCAUACUGGGCUUUACUAUGGUUCUGCAUACAGUACCUGCAUUGAUGAGGGCCUCAUUGUCCGGCUGCACAAAGAAAGCCAGGGACUGCAGUGUGCUCCAGUCUCCAACUGGGGGCAAUAAAACCAUAUGGGCCUGAAAGGGAAAGUGAGGAGUAAAAAUCAAAUGUGAAUUUACAUUGUUGUUUUCAUAUUCACUCGGCACCAAACUGAAGAAAAUGAACUGAAACAGGGAGGGACUAACUGUGUUUUCGUUUUCUGUUGCUAAAUGUUUUGCUAUGGUGUUCACUAACGAAUACUACCCUGGAUUAAAAUACAAUU